AUGUUCUACUCAGAGGCUAUCCUCUCACGCCGCGGUCCACUCGCGAAAGUAUGGAUCGCGGCGCAUAUGGAGCGCAAGCUCACGAAGCAACAAGCGCUACAGACCGAUAUCACAGACGCAGUUGACCACAUUCUCGGGCAGGAGAUCGAGAUGAUGGCCCUGCGUCUAAGCGGACAACUACUCCUAGGGGUCGUCCGUAUAUACAGCAGGAAGUCAAAAUACUUAUACGACGACUGCAAUGAGGCUCUGUUGAAGAUCAAGAUGGCGUUCCGCCCAGGAGUCGUCGACAUGACCGAGGAUCAACUUGCCGCAAACAGCAAUGCUAUCACUCUCCAGCCCGGUGGUCUGGACCUCGAUGUGCUUCUCCCGGACAUGGACUGGGGUGUCGACUUCCAAGACCAGGUUCAUCAACCACACGACCACCAUGUCGCCCGUCACGCAGACAUCACCCUCGCCUCCGCCCAAGACCUCGAGUUCGACCUUGCAAGUGACGCAGGGUUCGAAAACUCGAAUGUCGGGCCUUCAGACGGUCUAGGCUCUCAGGACUUCCUCGACAUCGACAUUGAGCUGCCCGGAGAUGAGAACGCAAGCGCACGCGGGAGCAGUAUUCACGAGCACUCGGAGGAUUCGAUGAGCAUUGGUGUUGGUCGCGACGCACCUGCACGCCGUACGGCGCGCCAGUCUAUGGCGUCAAACCUGCUUGGCGGAGACGAUUUGGACGUGGGUGGUUAUAGCCGUGGUGCAUCGGAGGACUUCGGCAACGACGAGGGCAUGCCGGCGCUCGACUUCGGUGACCUGAUGGCGGCGGACUUCGGGCAGCCCGAAGAGGCCGUUUUGCCGCCCUUGGACGAACCGCCCGUUGCUGAUGUGGCGCAGACCCCUGAGCAGACUCGUUCGCGUUCCAUGUCUCCUCUCACCCCGGGCCCUCAGACCCCGCCUGUUGUUGACGCCGAAGGAGACGUAGUCAUUGGUGAUGCUGAAGCCGCUCCUGCUCCCGAGGCGGAGGCGGAGGUUACGACAACACCAAUGCCGAAGAAGCACAAGCAAAAGCAGGUCAUCGACGACGUGACCGAACUCGGGCGCGGCCGUGCACGCGGCGGUCUCGGCGCUCAAGAUACAUCUUCCAUCCUCGCGACACCUCGCUACCUGCCUCGCUCCGGUCUUAUGCAGCGCAUGCUCGAGAUCAACGCUGACCCUCGCGCACACUUUAUGCCAAUCGUCACGACGGACCAGGGCAAGUUCCUCAACGCUGCGCCGCCUGGUCUCGCACCCGAACUUCAGAAGCUCUUCCUUCGUCCCAUCUCUACGCACGCACAAGCCAAACGCCGCGGUGGCUCUCCUGGGAAGCCCCCAAGCAAACGCCAACGCGUCGAGUCUGAGCAGCCUGCGGGGCCCGAAGGCGCACAACCUGAAGCAGUCGACGACGCAGAGGUCGAGCAGGGUCGCCGCGCAACGAGCGCCGCACCUAGUGCCGCACUUCACAGUGAAGCCGGACGCGCACCAAGCGACGCCGGUCUGCAGUUCAGCGACCAGCCGCAGAUGUUCGACGACUACCAGAUGGACGUCCCAUUCGAGGGCGCAGACGCCGGUUUGCCGCCCGUGCCCGAACGUGCCGGUAGCCGAGCUCCCUCGGAGUUGUCGCGCUUGUCAACGCCUGCACUCGAAGACGACCCGGAUGCGAAGGACACGUACGCCGAUCUGGAGUGCCCUAUCGCCGAGUUCGACCAGCGCGGGAGUUCACACGCCGCUGAUACAACCGGUGUGGACGGCAAGGGGUACAGCAAGAACACCAUCAAGGCUCUCAGUAUCAUCCGCAAGGAGCUACGCCCUGAACACGCCGGCGGUGACGAGGGCGAGAAGGUGCUCAGCUUCAACCAGAUGGCCACGAAGGCUACGCGCCGCGCUGCUGCUGGAUUCUUCUUCGAGCUGCUCGUGCUCGGGACGCGCGAUUGUGUCAAGAUCUCGCAGCCGGAGGCGUACGGGAAUAUCGAGGUCACCGCGAAGCCGAAGUUGUGGGAACACCAACGCCAUGCGUCCGUCGCCGGCUCGGUGGCGGGUUCGGUUGUGCCUUCGCUAACGUCUGGCAUGAACUCGUCUCAGAUGGGCCUUUGA